AUCAGUCAACAGUGUGAAAGAGGAAGGAAGUGGUUCACUUUAACAGCUUGACUUCUGCCUUCUGAUGACCACAGAGGAACAUUUGCUGCAGAGUAAACAUCUCCUCCCUGUUUCAAACAGGGAGAAGAGGAGCAGCCAUGACUGUGAGAGCAGCAGUGACUGGACUGGUUAUCUUUCUUCUCUCUGUGCCAGUGGUCCAGAGUCAGAAUGGCUGGGGAGUGACUUAUUCACAAACUGAAGUCUGUGCCUUAGAAGGAUCAACAGUGGAACUAAGCUGCACCUACACAUAUCCAUAUCCUGGCUAUUAUAGAGUUACUGAAUCAUUCUGGUUUACUAAAACACAGAAUAAUGAACCUGUUGAUGUGAGAACAGACUCACAGUACACAGGACGUGUGACGUACAGUUGUGGAUGGAAACGCUGCACUCUGAGAAUCACUAACGUAGAGAAGAGAGACUCAGCUACGUACAAGUUCAGAUUCAUAACAAACCAAGCUGGUGUCAGAUUUACAGGAAACCCUGGAGUCAUUUUGUCUGUCACAGAUCUUCAGGUGCAGGGAACUUAUUCAUGGUCCAAGCUAGAACUGAAAUGUCUCAGCCGUUGUCUUUCACCUCAUCAUGUCUCCUAUGUCUGGUACAAGAAUGGACACAAAAUCUCUGCAGAAGAAUCUUCUUAUUCAGACAGUUAUGUUCAUGCAGACAGCUACUCCUGUGCUUUGAAAGGCUAUGAGGAUUUCCCCUCUCCUCUGUACUGUUACUAUGAUUCUUCCUGUAACAAAGUGAAAUACACUCACAGAACCAUCUGCGCCUCCAGAGGCUCAUCAGUGGACAUCUCUUGUUCUUACAGAAGUUAUGAAAGCAUCAGGUCAAAAUUCUGGUUCAGAUCUGAUCAAAGUCAGCAGGGGCAACAUGACCUACGACCUAAAGACCUCAGAGAAGAUUCCCAGUAUGUAAAUCGUGUUCAGGUCACUGAGUCUUGGAGAGACACCACCCUGAGAAUCUCUGAGCUGAGAGAGAGCGAUUCAGCCGUCUAUCGUUUCACAUUUACAGCAGGAAGCUCUGGAUGGGGGACCAGUUUACCUGGUACAACUCUGACUGUAACAGCUUUACAGGUGCAGGUGAUGAAGAUAACAACCCACCGGUUUUACACAGAGGCAGAGCUGAGAUGUUACAGCAGCUGCAGUGAAGCGGAUCUUUCAUAUGUCUGGUUCAGGAACGGACAGAAAGUUACCUGGAAGAGAACAGCUACAACUAAAAUCAGUUAUUAUCUUGACAAUAAGAUCUCCUGUGCUUUAGAAGGACAUGAGAGAUUUCCCUCUCCAUCAGUGUAUUCUCCCAAAGUUCCCUCUGUAGUUUUGAACCCCACUGGUGAGAUAGUGGAGAGCUCCUCUGUGACACUGACCUGCAGCACCGAUGCUAACCCAGCCGCUAAUAUCACCUGGUUCAAGAGGAACGGACGCCAAGACUUUGAACCUUUCAGCAGUGAACAACAGCUCAUCUUCAGCUCCAUCCAGUCCUCUGAUGCAGGAGAGUAUAGGUGUAGAGCAGAGAACAGUCUGGGGCGGAGAACAUCUGCACACAUCAUUAUUGAUGUCAAAUAUGCUCCCAGACUUCCCUCUGUGUCUCUGAGUCCUGUGGAUGAGAUUAUGGGGGGCAGUUCAGUGAAUCUGACCUGUAGCAGUGUUGCUAACCCAGCAGCUAAGUACACCUGGUACAAGGAGAACCAAACAGCACCUCAGGGACUACAAGGCCUUUAUGGUUUCACCACCAUCAGCCCUGAGGACAGAGGGACAUACUACUGCAGAUCUGAGAAUCAGUAUGGAUGGAUCAACUCCUCUCCUGUAUUUAUAGAUGUCCAGUAUGCUCCAAAGCUUCCCUCAGUGUCAGUGAGUCCUGUGGAUGAGAUCAUGGAGGGCAGUUCAGUGACUCUGACCUGUAGCAGUGAUGCUAACCCAGCAGCUAAGUACACCUGGUACAAGGAGAACCAAACAUUACCUCAGGGACAAAAAGGCACUUAUUCUUUCACCACUAUCCGGUCCAAGGACAGUGGGAUGUACUCCUGCAAGUCUGAGAACAAGUAUGGUCACAAGACCUCCAAAGGAUUCUGUAUCGAUGUUCAGUACGCCCCACGACGUCCUUCAGUGUCUCUGAGUCCGUCUGCUGCCAUAGUAGAGGGCACUUCACUAAAUCUGACCUGUAGCAGUGAUGCUAACCCAGCAGCUAAGUACACCUGGUACAAGGAGAACCAAACAUUACCUCAGGGACAAAAAGGCACUUAUUCUUUCACCACUAUCCGGUCCAAGGACAGUGGGAUGUACUCCUGCAAGUCUGAGAACAAGUAUGGUCACAAGACCUCCAAAGGAUUCUCUGUGGAUGUUCAGUACACCCCACGACUUCCUUCAGUGUCUCUGAGUCCGUCUGCUGCCAUAGUAGAGGGCACUUCACUAAAUCUGACCUGUAGCAGUGAUGCUAACCCAGCAGCUAAUUACACCUGGUACAAGGUUAAUGAGGAAACAUCAGUAGCAUCAGGACAGAUCUUCAUCAUCAGUGACAUUAGAUCUGAACAUGGUGGGAAUUAUUACUGUGAAGCUCACAACACAAGAGGGCGCCAUAACUCUACCUUACAUCUGGUUGUUGUUUCUGGGUCAAUGAAAUCAGUAACUGCUGGAUUGGUCACUGUUAUUUUCCUGGUUAUCAUUCUCCUCUCCAUCUUCCUGUUGAUAAGAAAAAAGAGAUCCUCAGGAGAAACCAACAAGCCUGGAGGAAGGCUGGACAAUGAAGGACAGCUCAAUAUGGCCUCAGCUAAUGAUGACCCACCAGCUUCAGCACGAAGACAGCCAGCUGAGGAACAGGGAGAACUGUGUUACGCCACCGUAAGCUUCUCAAGAAACAAGGAAGACCCUAUCUACUCCAACAUUUUACAAGCUAAAUUCAACAGACCAAAGACCAAAAAUGAGGAAGAAGAGGAUGAGGUGGAAUACUCUGUGGUCAAAAUUACAAGUGCUUGUUCCCUCCCAGAAUCAAGAAGUCAGGAGGUUGUUGAGGAUUCAUCUAAAUUGUACAGCACAGUCAACAAGAAACCAAGAGCAUGAAUGUAAAUUACAACAAAACCCAAAUGUGUUUAUUUAUUAUAAAAACCUGUCUUUACCAUUUACUGCCAUUCAUUUAGAUGGAACAUCUUCAACCAGGAAGGGGCGGGGCCAGCAUUGCUUGCAGAGCACCUGGAUGGAUUGUUGUGUUCAGUUAUAAAGCAUCAAAUUAGGCCCUUUGUUUUUGAAAAAGGUUAGUUAAGCUGGUGAAAUUACAUUGCUGGUGUGGAAGCUUGCAUUGACUUGCUACAGGUUUCGAAAAAUACAAAUUUUGUGCAAAUUAUUUGCACGAAAAAAAUCUCUGUUGAUAAGAACCUUUCUGAUAUUUACUUGAAAGCUUUUGCAUUGCCAUCACAGCUGUUAUUUUGUCUUAUAGAGUCUUUACACUCUGUGGUUAUUGAAGUUUAAUGUAGAUAAUUGCACUGAUGAAUGUUAAAAAAGAAUAGAACGAUUUUGAUGUAAUGAAAUCUUUCUAAAGCUGUGAGGUUGUUCAUGAAAGUUCAGUAUUUUAUUUUCUUUGUUUUAUCCAGGUAGCUAUCAGGCUGAACUACAGUCUUUGUUACUGUUUGUAUAAUUUUCGGUGUUAAUUCCACAAACUGGAAAGGUCAGUCAUCAAGUAGUACUCUGAUCUUUUUUAGUCACACCUUUCCCAAACCAAAACUUCAGAAAAACAGUUCAGACUGAAUUUGUUUGUUAAUGCUUUUUAUGUAAGUUGGCUACUUUAGUAGGAGUUUUUGAUAAUGCUGACAAAGCAAUAUUUAAGUGUAGAACUCUCUUUGUUACUAUCCAAAGUUAUUCCAUCCAUUAUUUAGCCCAUUUAUUCUAUUUGGGGUCAAAGGGGGCUGGAGCCAAUCCCAGUGGUCAUAAGGCGAGAGUACACCCUGGACUGGGCGACAGUCAGUCACAGGGCUGACAUGUAGAGAUGACCAGGCGUGCUCACAUUCACACCUAAGGGCUAAUUAAGGGUGACCAAUUAACAAGCAUGUGGACUGUGGGAGGAAGCCAGAGUACCUGGAAAGAACCCGGGCGUGUACAGGGAGAACAUGAAACACAGGAAAGGCCGUGUAUGACAGCAGUUAGAAUCAGGAACCUUCUUACAGUGAAAAUUAUUUGUUUAUUUGGAUCCCCAUUAGCAUCAGCAUUCACUCUGGACUAUUCUUCCUGGGGUCAGUAAUCCAUUUUUUAAACUGAAGAUGCAUCAUUUUAAUCUGGCUUUUGAUUUGGAGGGAUUUUUUUGUUUAAAAGUUUCAUAUAUUUUAGAUUAUAUCCUGAAAAUUUUGAGUUGUAUCCCUUUUUAAACAUUUUUUUUGUCAUCUUUUUUUUUCAUGUUGAAUUUAUUGUGCUGUUGAUUUCUUUUUAUUUUCAUGUUUCAUUAUUUUAGCAUUAAAGUAUUCUUUCUUAGUUUAGUUCUUUAAGAUUUCAUGCAUUGUUGUUAAUUUCUGUUUUAUUUCCUGUUUCUGUAAUUUGUGAAGCACUUUGUGCUUCAUGCUUUUAUAUAUGAGAUGUUAUUUUCAGCAAACAGUUAUUCCUGCAUUCCACACAGACAUGAAGGAUCAUCCUCUCCUUUAGUGUGGGUUUAUGCAACAUAAUUUUGGCAAUUUUAAAUGUCGGUACUCCAUACUCUGUGGAGAAAUUCCCUUCGUAUGUAGACAAUGCUUUUAUUUUGAAAAUCUACCAGCACGCUUCCACUAUACACUGAAUCCAGUCAACUGUAGGGAGGUUUAUUGAGGUCAAACUUAGAAGGAAUGGCAGAGCUUUGACAGCAGGGAGACAAACAAGCAAACAAGCAGCAAACUUAUGCCUGAUAUGAAAGCUUUUAUGGCAGCAACAGCUAUAAACAGCAAAACACACCGCCAGUCUGAAACAGUGGUUACUGCAUAGCAACGGGGAAGAGCGCUAGUGAUGUCAUAGUACCACUGUGGACCAAAACGUGGCGGCCUCCUGGUGAGUUUGUAAGGUCAAAUUUACCCUUAAUGCAGAUAUCUAGGAUAUGUAGUGAAUUUUAUUUACUUAAUUAUACAUAUGAGAGAUAAAAAUACCUAUCCACAAAGAUAAACUUGUCUGAUCCUGCAGGGUUCCUUUUAAAACUGGUGCAUAGACGAUUCAUGCAGCAUUUUUACUGAUCUAGAACUCAAUGGACCGAUGCACUCUGAUCUUUGACGUUAAUUCUGGUUAGCCAAUCCAGAUCAGUUUAUCUUUGCAGCAAUAAUAUAAUUUAUUUGUAAUAAGGCAGGGAAAUUAAUUAGAAUUUGGAUUAAACUGCAAUAUGGCCUACUACGGUUUUCAAUACUUCUUCAACCUGAAAUGAUUUUUUUUUUUUCAGCAGACAUGUUAUG